GUAACCGACUUGGCUUUUCUAAAAGUUCGCUACACUUAUGAGACUUCUUGUCGUUAAGACAUGCAGUUCAAUCCUGACUCCUCUGUGUCGGGGUAUGGCAUAUUAUCACAUUGAGUGGAAACCGAAACCGUAUCCCUGCACAAAGGCCGAACGAGAAGCGGCUGCCAAACGUUACAAUCUCUUACCUUCUGAUUAUAAACCAUUUGAGAACGAUGGUUUGGCACCAGGAGACUACUUCUACGUAGAACCGUAUAACGCGAAUAAUCGCAGCCCAUGGGAACCCUAUGACUUCCCACGUGAAAGACGAGAUUUUAAUGACCCGCAACAGUUCAACGCGCAAAUGUAUCUUGCUUCCGGAUAUAAUCCUACAAAACUAAAUGAAAUUUUAAAAGGACAGCCAAUGUGGUAUAUACUGUUCAAGACGUUUGCACCGUUCUUUGGCCUUUGGAUGUUCUUAUAUCUCGGUCAAAUGUAUUGCUUCUUUCUCCCGAUGAAAGCGAAGCAAUAUCCACAUGCAGUGGACAAAGAAAAUCACUAUACUUUUGAAAAGCUUGGGUAGAUCCAUAUGUCCGAAUAGAAAGUAAUAAAGUCGUAGU